GGCUGGUGCUGGCUCGCUAGGGGCAUGGGGACCCCAUGGGCGCCCUGGCCGCUCCUCUGGGCAGUGCUACAGCUGGGCUGGCGGCCAGCAUGGCUUCUAGAAACGCCCGACAGGCCCCGGGGCCCCCUCACCUUCAGCCCGGCCCAGCUCACCGUGGCCGAAGGGGAGACCGCCACCUUCACCUGCAGCUUCUCCAACACGUCCGAGCACUUCGUGCUCAACUGGUACCGCGUGAGCCCCAGCAACCAGACAGACAAGCUGGCCGCCUUCCCCGAGGACAGCGGCCAGGCCCGCAGGGACCCGCGCUUCCGGGUGACGUGGCCGACCAACAAGCGGGACUUCAAAAUGAGCAUCCUCGCUGCCCAGCGCAACGACAGCGGCACCUACCUCUGCGGAGUCAUCUACCUGCCCCCUGAGACGCAGAUCCACGAGAGCCCCCACGCGGAGCUCACGGUGACAGAGAGAGCCCUCGAACGGCCCACUGAGAGCCCCAGCCCCACAGCCAGGCCCCCAGGGAAGCUACAGGGCGUGGUCAUCGGCGUCACGAGCGUCCUGGUGGGUGUCCUGCUGCUGCUGCUGCUGACCUGGGUCCUGACCACCACCUUCCCCGGGGCCACGCGAGGCAGCCGGAGUGGCCACACCCGUCCACAACCACGCAAGGAGGAUGCCUCCCCGGGGCCUGUGUCUGUGGACUAUGAGGAGCUGGACUUCCAGUGGCAGGAGAAGACCCCGGAACCCUCUGUCCCCUCUGUCCCCCAUGAGACCGAGUACGCCACCAUCGUCUUCCCCGGCAGGCCGGGCUCCCCCAGCCGCAGGGCCUCGGCCGACAGCCCGCCGGGGCCCUGGCCUCCGAGACUCGAGGAUGGACGCUCCUCCUGGCCCCUCUGA